AUGUGCAGCUGUCCAGCGUCUGAUUGUGUACCUGAACACACCUCAGUGCAGACCACUCAGAGUCUCCUCCAAAACACCGGUGCAGGAAGCCACGAUGACGGCAGUGGACCUUCUCAACACUUUGGAGGAUUUAAGAGAAGAGGAAUUUAAGAAAUUCAAAUGGUGUCUGCAGCAAGACAUCCUGGAAGGCUACCAAAGCAUCAAAGUGUCCAAGUUGGAGAACGCAGAAAGGCAGGACACAGUGGAUGUGAUGGUGAAAACCUAUAAACAUCAAGGAGCUCUGAAGGUGACCAAGAAGGUUUUAGAGAAGAUCAACAGGAAUGAUCUGGUGCAGAGUCUGCCAGACACCAGCUCAGGACCAGCAGUUAUGGCUGCUGCCAGCAAUGUGCCAUCUGAAGAAGUGUCCAAACCAGAAGUUCCCUGUGACGUCCAUGUGGAGAACCUGGAAGUCAGGAUGUGUACGAAGCACGAUAAACCUCUGGAGCUGUUCUGUAAGACCGACCAGACAUGUGUCUGCAUGCUCUGCACUGUUUUAGACCACAAGAUGCAUGAUGUUGUUCCUCUGACAGAAGAAUAUGAAAGGAAGAAGGUAGAGCUGGGGAAGACAGUGGCUGAAAUUCAGCAGAAGAUUCAGGAGAUCAAACAGUCGGUUGACCAAAGUAAGAAAUAUGCAGACAGAGAG